GAAGCACGAUACGCGGCUCCUUAGCUCCAGCUUCCAGCCAAAGAGUCUCCGAGCUUCUCUUCGCGUUUAGAAGCAAGAUGCUGGCAGCACAGCAGGAGGCAGAAGGCAACUUAGAAUGCGAGAGAUUGGGGAAGAUGGAGAGAGAUGAAGUAUUGGGGCCGCAAAGAACGCUGUUGUUGUUGGAGCCGUCCCACGGAAAUGCUCCACAAGCUUCAGAAUCUCCUCUCUCAUUGAGAAGUAGAAUAUCAGAACUUAUUUCAUCAGCUCGGAAAACAUAUUCUAAGAGACCAAUCUUCUUCUGGAUUCAGCUAACUAUAAGUAGCAGCUUUAUGCUCUCAGCUUUUCCAGCUUCGAGUAUUCUAUCUCGUCUUUACUACAACAAUGGUGGCAAUAGUAAAUGGAUUCUUUCCUGGGUGGCCGUUGCUGGAUGGCCAUUAACAGCCAUCUUUCUUAUCCCCAUCUACAUUUUUGGUAGUAAAUCACCAUCUCCUCUCACCCUCAAGCUCUUCCUCUCUUAUAUCUUGCUGGGUUUCCUCAGCGCCGCCGACAACCUCUUGUAUGCCUGGGCCUAUGCAUAUCUCCCUGCCUCCACCGCCGCUCUCCUCGCCGCCUCUUCGCUCGCAUUUUCAGCUCUUUUCGGCUACCUUUUCGUUAAGAACCAAAUAAAUCUCUCUUCUCUGAACGCCAUUGUCCUCAUCACUGCUGGCGUUGUCAUAAUUGCUCUAGAUUCCGAUUCGGAUAGGUACCCAGGCAUCAGCAACACACAAUACACCCUUGGAUUCAUCUGCGACAUCCUGGGCUCUGCUCUCCAUGGCUUGAUUUUCGCAUUUUCGGAGCUUCUUUUCGUCAAAAUUUUGGGACGAACAUCCUUUCAUGUUGUGCUGGAACAACAAGUGAUGGUUUCUUUAUGCGCGUUCAUGUUCACUACGGUCGGUGUGGUUGCCAAUGGAGACUUCCAUGAAAUGAAGAUUGAAGCGAAGAAGUUUAAGACAGGAGAGAUAUCAUACUAUAUGGUGCUGGUUUGGUCUGCCAUUACAUUUCAGCUUGGGGUGUUUGGGGGAACUGCUGUUCUAUUUCUGGCUUCUACACUGCUUGCUGGAGUUCUUAAUGCGGUGAGGGUGCCAAUUACUAGUGUUGCGGCUGUGAUAUUUUUGCAUGAUCCAAUGGGUGAAUUCAAGAUUCUUGCUUUAAUACAAACAGUUUGGGGAUUUGCUUCUUAUAUUGUGGGUUAUGUGUGACUCGACAAGGUUUCUUGAUCUAUGCUCUGUAGCUUUUGGAAGAUUUGCAUGUCUCUUUUUUUUUU